AUGCCGCAAGUAAUCCGGCCCGAAACUGUGGAGGAUAAGGCUAGUGAGGACGCCAACAGCUUCUUAGAGGAAGCCCGACGCUCUGUAAAUUUUGUCUUUACACCAUUCGUAGUGCUUCCUGGCGAUGACGUCACAACAACAGUCACAAAAACUACCCGUCGUGUCAAACUUGGUGCUGGGCUAAAGCAAUUACACGACGAGCGAAUUGUUUGCACAAACGCUGGUGUUUUGCGCUAUCGACCGUCUAAUCGUUACUGGAUCGACUACAACUACAAGCGCUACACCGUCUCGAUGGAUGACAAUGUUAUUGGCAUUGUGACUGACCGCAAUGCUGAUUUCUAUCGUGUGAACAUUGGAGCAGCUGCUUGUGCAACAUUAGGUACACUUGCAUUUGAUGGUGCAACAAAACGAAAUCGCCCGAGCCUUCGUCUGGGAUCUCUUGUGUAUGCUCGUGUGAGCAAGUCCAAUCCGAACGUGGAACCUGAAAUUACAUGCGAAGCUCCUCCAAGUGUUACGAAGAAGGAUUGGAUGACUGGACUGGCUAUUUACGGCGAGUUAAACGACGGUCACGUAUUUAAGACAUCGAUUGGCCUGGCAAAGUCUCUUUUGCGAGAAGACUGCCAGGUUUUAGCGUCUUUAGGCAUGAAGCUUGCUUUUGAGUUAGCUAUUGGCGUCAAUGGUGUCGUGUGGGUCAAUGCCAAGACAACAAAGAAUAUCACGAUCAUUUCUAAUGCCAUUUUGAACUCCGAGACGAUGUCUCCUGGCCACAUUGAUGCCAUGGUGUCGCGACUUGUAGAAGAUGCCACUGAAUCUUGA